GUAGCUACUAUUAUAGUUAAGAGAGUAGAGACAAAUAGACCGGGCUAGUGCGAACUCCGUUUGGGUCAGCGAGCUCGCGAUGGAGGAGAGGCCGGAGACGGAGCUGAUAUCAAUACCGGCGACGCCGAGAGUGUCGACGCCCGAGAUACAGACGCCGUCGGGGCAGAGGUCUCCGAGACAGGGGUCCAAGGAGGCGAAGUCGUCCAACGCAUGGACUCCGACGUCGUUCAUAUCGCCCAGGUUCCUGAGCCCAAUCGGAACGCCGAUGAAGAGGGUGCUGGUGAACAUGAAGGGUUACUUGGAGGAGGUGGGCCACCUCACGAAGCUCAACCCUCAGGACGCAUGGCUUCCGAUCACAGAGUCUCGCAAUGGAAAUGCUUACUACGCCGCUUUUCACAACCUCAAUGCUGGUGUUGGCUUCCAGGCGCUGCUUUUGCCCGUUGCCUUCAUUUAUCUUGGCUGGAGUUGGGGAAUCAUUUCCUUGAUUAUAGCAUACUGUUGGCAACUAUACACCCUAUGGAUUCUGGUUCAGCUACACGAAGCAGUUCCUGGGAAAAGAUACAACAGAUACGUGGAACUCGCCCAGGCAGCAUUCGGGGAAAGAUUAGGCGUGUGGCUAUCUCUGUUUCCAACAGUUUAUUUGUCAGCAGGAACAGGAACGGCUUUAAUUCUAUUCGGCGGGGAGACUAUGAAAUUGUUUUUCCAAAUAGUUUGUGGUCCUACGUGUACCUCCAAUCCCCUAACCACCGUUGAGUGGUACCUGGUCUUCACUUCUCUGUCCAUUGUUCUGUCUCAGCUGCCAAAUCUCAAUUCAAUCGCAGGACUUUCACUCGUCGGUGCUGUCACGGCCAUUACUUACUCCACCAUGGUCUGGAUUCUCUCCGUUAGCCAACAAAGGCCACCCUCUAUCUCCUACACACCUCUGUCCUUGCCGUCGUCUUCUGCUUCUGUUUUCUCUGUCAUGAAUGCACUCGGAAUCAUAGCUUUUGCUUUCAGGGGCCACAACUUAGUCCUAGAAAUUCAGGCAACAAUGCCAUCGACUUUUAAGCACCCUGCUCAUGUGCCGAUGUGGAAAGGUGCCAAGGUUGCAUAUUUCUUCAUCGCAAUGUGCCUCUUCCCUGUUGCUGUUGGAGGCUUUUGGGCCUAUGGAAACCUGAUGCCUCAAGGAGGGACUCUGGCGGCUUUAUAUGCAUUUCACAGCCAUGACAUUUCAAGGGGGAUUCUUGCCUUGAACUUCCUUCUUGUUGUGUUUAGCUGCUUGACCAGUUUCCAGAUAUACUCAAUGCCUGCUUUUGACAGUUUCGAAGCUGGGUACACCAGCAGAACUAACCGUCCCUGCUCAAUAUGGGUGAGGUCAGGCUUCCGAGUUUUCUUUGGAUUUGUGUCCUUCUUCAUAGGAGUGGCACUUCCCUUUCUCUCAAGCCUCGCCGGAUUGAUGGGAGGACUCACUCUUCCGGUGACUUUCGCAUAUCCAUGCUUCAUGUGGGUUCUCAUAAAGCAGCCCACCAAAUACAGCUUCAAUUGGUACUUCAACUGGAUUCUGGGUUGGCUGGGAGUUGCCUUUAGCUUGGCCUUUACCAUUGGAGGUAUUUGGAGCAUAGUCACUAAUGGGCUCAAUUUGAAAUUCUUCAAACCUAGUUGAAUUCCUAAACGUCAUGUAAUCGCUACCUAUAUCAUCUUAUUAUGCAGUUUUGUUUAUUUCGGGUCUGUGUCAGCUCCUUCCUGUAUGCUUUACAUAUGUAUAACAGAUAUCAAUUCAAGUAGAAAGAAAUCGUUCGUCAUAUGAACGGCCACCGUAUGCGACGCUUUCGUUGCUCAAGUUGCUUUGACUUCCCUUUCCAAAUGAGAUCCAUAUCAAAUGAACUAUUCAUUAGGUUCUUUCUA